AUGUCUUCCAGACCAGUCAUCAUCCACCAGGCCGCUCCCUCCAUCAGCAGCGCCUACACCGCGUCCUCGGGCUCUUACCCAUCCUCCAACGGCUCUUACACCCCUCGCUCGCUCUCACCAGCCGACCCCGUCUACCACCGCGUCCACGGCGCCGAGAACCACAUGUCCUCGAGCAAGGUCUCAUCCAAGAGAGUCACGGUGGUCAACCGCAACCAGUCUGGCUACGAGCACGGCGCCCCGUCACCAAACUACGGCGGCACCUUCCGUCGAUCCUGA